GGAAGUGUGAACUCUGGGUUGCGGGAGCGUCCGCACAGGCGGUAAGUGGAGAGAGCAGGUGGAACUAUGCGAGUGACGCCCUUGCGAAGCCCUCCACUGCCUGGUGCAGAGCGGUUAAGCCCACACAAGCGCGGCAGACCUCUGCGGAAAGGGAAAGAGCAGAAGGCGACACGGUCCCGCCUCAACCUCACGAAGGAAAUGGGGAAACGUCCACGACCGACAAGCGACCCCUCACUCUUCGUUGGCGCUGCCCCAGCAGCCGCCGGCCCGCGGACCCGGAAGUGGUUCUUCGCGUCGGGAGCGGCGGUGUCCCCGUGCGUCUGCGCACACCGGCUCCAAGCGCGCCCUUCGUGCGGCGUCGCUAGACAAGCCCCGCCGUCCUGCGCAAGCGCAGUCAAGGACUCGGUCCUGCGGCUUCUUUAACAGCCUGGUGUGGACAUCAAGCCUCUGGUGAAGGAGGACGAGGCCUAAGUCAGUAGGACAACACAUGACCUGAGCAACAGCAAGCUGUCCGGCCACCCCCACUGCUCUGCUCAGCGACAUGAGUCGCCCUAGCAUCAGCAGCACAGCUGAAAAAGCAAAGACCCUGCUCUGGGGCGGUGAACUAAAUCUGGAGAGGCGAAGUUGCACCUUCAGACCUCAAGCAGAGAGGAAGGAGAACUGUAGGCUGUUGCUCAAUGCGAUUUGCCUGGGGGAGAAAGCCAAAGACGAGGUGAACCGUGUGGAGAUCGUGCCCCCCACAAACCAGGAGGACAAGAAGACGCAGCCCAUCACCAUUGCCUCGCUGAAGGCUUCAGUCCUACCCAUGGUCACCAUGACAGGAGUAGAAUUUUCUCCUCCAGUUACUUUUCACCUCCGGGCUGGCUCAGGGCCUGUGUUUCUCAGUGGCCAGGAAUGUUAUGAAACUUCAGACCUACCCUGGGAAGAAGAGGAGGAGGAGGAGGAAGAGGUGGAGGAGGAAGAGGAGGAAGAAGAGGAAGAGGAUGACGAUGAGGCAGAUGUGUCUCUAGAGGACACGCCUGUCAAACAAGUCAAGCGGCCGUCACUGCAGAAGCAGACCAGCGUUGCCAAGAAAAAAAAGCUGGACAAAGAAGAGGAGACAGAAAGGUCCAGCCUUCCAGAGAAGAGCCCUGUAAGAAAGGAAAAGGCAGUGAGACACCAACCCACUCUGACUCUCAUCUGUGGAAUGAUCGGUUGAACCAGAUCAUGAAGCUCUAAAAUCGCUUCCAGUUUUGAUGCCAUUUGAAUCUGAUCCCAAAGCCCUGGAUUCCCCAGGUUACUUGAGCCUCCACCCUCCUUAAACCAGUUCAGGCAACUUACUCCUGGGCCCCCUGCUUGGGGCUUAAGCCGGGGGAGGGCGGAGCUGGACAGCCCCCUGCUGGAGCUGGACGGAGCCCUGGAGGGGGCUGCUUGGCUUGUUUGUGUGUGUGGCCAGGGUGGCAGACCACUUUGUGGAUUGCUGGAGCUCAGAAAGGUGAGAGGAACCUGGAGGUGAGAGUUUCACCCUAAAAGUCAGCUCCUUAGGUAAAUGAACCCACACCUGGCAUUUCCCUUUUCCCUUCCCAGGGCACCAAGAACUCCAGGGAGUCAGAGCUGAGACCUGGGCUUCUCUCCGAGACCCCCUCCUGCACUCCCCACUCCCACUGUCACCAA